AUGUCGUCCUUCAAAAUCACCCUCAAGCGUCCCACGGCCGCCGCCGCUGCUGGCGCCUCGGGCAGCAGCAGCAGCGCGGGCACAGGCGUGGGUGCGGCAGCAGCAGGCGACGCGGCCUCGUCGCCGGCGUCAGGCAUGCUGGACGAUGACGAGGAGAUGGAUGAGCUGGAUGAACUCGAAGAUGAGUCCGAAGCCGGCCCUUGCACGCCCACUGCCGUGCCCAAGCGCAGCGGCGGCGGCGGCGGCGGCGGUGCCAAGGCGGCGAGCAUGAGCAUGGAUGAGAUCGAGUCGCUGCCGCCCGCCAAGCGCAGAAAGAGCGCAAAGGCGCGGGGCGCGUCGGGCCCGGGAAGGGGAUGGAGGAAAGGGCUGAAGAUGUGA